AUGUCGACCACAAUUGACAUCACGGAGGAAACCAGCGCGGUUGCAAAGGGCAAGGCACCACUCAUCGCCACAACCACUUACAGCGAUGGUUCCAAGGGGUACAAGAAGGGGAUCGCCAUUUUCGACUUCCUUCUCAGGCUAGGCGCCAUAGUCGCAGCUCUCGCCGCCGCCGGCACCAUGGGCAGCAGCGAGCAGACCCUCCCUUUCUUCACUCAGUUCUUCCAGUUCCGAGCCAGCUACGACGACCUCCCUACCUUCCAGUUCUUUGUGAUUGCAAUGUCAAUCGUGGGAGGCUACUUGGUUCUUUCCCUCCCCUUCUCAAUCGUCCUCAUCAUCCGACCAUCAGCGGUCGCGCCCAAGAUGCUCCUCGUCGCCCUCGACAUCGUGGCUCUGACUCUGAACGCGGCGGCAGGAGGGGCGGCGGCGGCGGUAGUCUACUUGGCGCACAACGGCAACUCGAGCGCCAACUGGCUGGCCAUCUGCCAGCAGUUCGGCGACUUCUGCCAGAAAGUGAGCGGCGCUGUCGUGGCUUCCUUCAUCUCCGCUGUGGCGUUGGUGUUCUUGGUCGUCCUCUCUGGUUUCGCCCUGCGAAGGCAUUAA